GCGGGCUCCUCUCCUUCUUCGCCCGCGAGGUGAGCCUGGCCCUUCGCGGGCCUUUUGCCUUGGAGGAAGAGGAGGAGCAGAAGCCAGUCCUGGGCUGCAUCCACACUGCAGAUAUUAACUCGGUAUUUCAUUAUAAUGAUUUAAAGUGAACAAUAAAGAACUGGCCAUUAGAAAGGAUCCAGUCUUGAAACAAUGGCAGCAAAAUCAUCACUCCUGAAAGUAAUUCUUCUAGGAGAUGGAGGAGUUGGGAAGAGUUCAAUCAUGAACAGAUACGUCACUAACAAGUUCGACACUCAGCUAUUCCACACAAUAGGUGUAGAGUUCUUAAAUAAAGAUUUGGAAGUGGAUGGACACUUUGUUACAAUGCAGAUAUGGGACACGGCAGGUCAAGAACGUUUUAGGAGCUUACGGACUCCUUUCUACAGAGGUUCUGACUGUUGUCUUCUCACUUUCAGUGUGGAUGACUCUCAAAGUUUCCAAAACCUGGGUAACUGGAAGAAGGAAUUCAUUUACUAUGCAGAUGUGAAAGAUCCUGAAACAUUUCCUUUUGUUAUAUUGGGUAACAAAAUAGAUAUAAGCGAACGGCAAGUGUCUACAGAAGAAGCCCAGCUGUGGUGCAAAAACAAUGGCAACCAUCCUUACUUUGAAACCAGUGCAAAAGAUGCCAUUAAUGUUGCAGCAGCUUUUGAAGAAGCUGUUCGAAGAGUGCUUGCCACUGACGAUAGGUCAGAUCACUUGAUUCAAACUGAUACAAUUAACCUUCACCGGAAGCCCAAGCCUGCUUCAUCAUGCUGUUGACUAAUUAGUUUUAUUUCUUGGUCAUAUAUCAUCCUAACUUAACUUGGAAUAAUAAAUAUGAUUCAGUGGGUGCCACUCUAAUAUAUUAUAUUGUAAUAUCUUACUGCUUUAUGUGUCAGCCAGAGGAGAGUUUCUCUUCAGUAAGUGACCUAUUGCUAAAUUAGUGGUGUCUUAUAUCUGGGAAGGUACCAGUUCAAGAGUUCAUUUAAUUUAAACAUGUCAUUUAAAAAUUAAUAAAUUAUAUACUAAAACUUGAAUGUUCUAGAAGCACUACUUGGGGGACUUGUUCUGAAAUUGAUGCAGAAGAAUUUUUAUAUGUACAUAUAUAUUUUUAUGAGAUCACUAGUCCAUGUUUUGCUUCACUAAAACAUUUUUUAUAAAGCAAUAAUGGUAUUAGGGUAUUGUUCCAAUGUCCAUCUUCAAUGUGAUUUUUUUUGUUUAAAUUAAGCUAAUAUAAACACCUUAAGGGCUUUUGCUGUUUGCCUAGUAUCACUGAACUGCCUGUAGAUUUUAAGGUAGGAAAUAAAUAUGCAUACAUAGACCCUG